AUGGCUGACGAGUUGGCGAGAAUCCAGCAAUACGAGUAUCGGCAGAACUCGAACCUCGUCCUGUCCGUCGACUACAAUCUGACGGACCGGCGAGGGCGCGAGGAGCCGACCGGCGAAGUCCUUCCGAUCACCGACAAGGAAAUGAGGAAGAUGAAGAUGGGCGACCGUGCGAUCAAGAGCAAGGCCCCAGUGCAGGAGCAGAAGAAAAAGAGGUGAAAAAUCCGGAAAAUUUUAUGCACGUUUACCUAAAAUUCAUCAAAAUUGCUUGACUUCAAGGUUUUUGGUCACUUUGACGUUUUUUACUCCAAGUUCUCGAAAAGCAGUCAUUUUUCGUUCAUUUCGACAUUGAAGGCUCUCAAAAGGCAUGUGUUGCUUGCAAAUCAGCGAAAACACUUGUUGUUCAGCUAGAAAAGUCAAUUCUUCUCGAAAAUCCAUGUUUACUACUACUUGUCCUUUCCAUUCACUGAAAUUUCGAGUAUUUGCGAUACAUGGAAUAGAAAUUCCCUUUGCUAACCAGGUUUCUUCAUUUUCCAUCUGAAAAUGGAGUUACAAAGUUAGCAGACAAUUCCCAACAUGAUCUUUGUGAUGUCCUUUUAAAUUUUACGCAAAAGUCCAAUGGAAAAAUGAUUGCAGAAAGCGCAAGGAUGAGGACAGAAGCCUGCAGCAGGUUUCCUCGGGGCGCGGCGUGAUCAGCGACAGCACGGAGCUGACGGGCGACUACAAACCGCGCACGCAGGAGACGAAACAGACGUACGAGGUGAUUCUGGCGUUCAUCCACGAGGCACUCGGCGACGUCCCGCGCGACAUUCUGUGCGGAGCCGCCGACGAAGUGCUCUCGUCGCUCAAAAACGACAAGUUGCGCGAGAAAGGUGAGAUUUCUAGAGAUUUUUGGGUGAAAAUUCAGCUCAAUUUUCCAAUUUCAGAACGAAGACAGCUCUGUGAAGAGCUUUUGUACGGCGGACGAGCGAUGCCCGACGAGCGAAUGGCUCUUCUCAUAAAUUUGGCGAAAAAGAUUACGGAUUUCUCGAUUGAAGAGGAGAAAAAGGCGGAGGAGGCGGAGAUUGACGAGAACGAGGGCGUGAAUGUGCAAUUCGAUUCGGACGAGGAGGAGGACGACGGCGGAAUGGUCAACGAGAUCAAGGGCGACAGCGACGAGAGCGAGGAGGAAGAGGGAGUGGACACGGACUACACGGCCACGCUGAAGGGCGACGGGCACAUGUCGGAGGCAGAGCAGAAGGCGAGAGGCAUCCUCCAUCCGCGCGACAUCGACGCUCACUGGAUCCAGCGAUCACUCGCCAAACACCUCAAAGAUCCGCUCGUCGCGCAGCAGAAGCAGACGGAAGUGCUCGCGAUUCUCAGAGACGCGGCCGACGACCGCGACGCCGAGAGCAAGCUGGUCCUGCUGCUCGGCUUCGAUCACUUUGAUUUCAUCAAACUGCUGCGUCAAAACCGCCUCAUGGUGCUGUAUUGUACGCUGCUGCGGCAGGCGAACGAGCAGGAACGGCAGGCGAUCGAGGACGAGAUGCGCUCGCGGCCCGAGUUGCACAACAUCCUCGCGCUGCUGCAGGAGACGGACGACGGCAGCGCCGUGCAGGCCGAGAAGACGAAGCGCGACGUGGAGCGGUCGAAGAAGGCAGCGGUGGCUGCGGACGAGGCGAUCAGUGCGGGACAGUGGCAGGCCGGACGCAAGGUGCUCGAUCUGAACGACUUGUCGUUUAGUCAGGGAUCCCAUUUGAUGAGCAACAAGAGGUAAUUCGAAUUGGACUUUUUCCCGCUAAGAUAUAUUAUUUUGAGCGUUUCCCGCCUUUUCGUACUGCCGCAAAUUCCCGUAAAAUUGCGUGAUUUUUAAACUUUUUUUUGGCAUGUCCAUUCAAAUUUUCUCAUUUCUGACGAAAUCAGGGAAUUUUCCGUGCCAGAUUGAGUAUUUUACACUUUCUGAGUGUAAGAUUAUGUUUUUUAACAUUAUAUUUCACGUAGAUGCACGCAAUUUGAAUGCUCGAAAACAACAGUUGAAAUUUUCCAAUUUUUUUUUAGAUGCGAGCUCCCUGAAGGAUCGUACCGUCGCCAGAAAAAGUCGUACGAGGAGAUCCACGUGCCGGCCCUGAAGCCCCGCCCAUUCGCCGACGGAGAGAAGCUCAUCAGCAUCUCGGAGCUGCCGAAGUGGGCUCAGCCCGCUUUCGAAGGUUACAAAACUCUCAAUCGCAUCCAAUCGCGGCUCUGCGACUCUGCCCUCAAAUCCAAAGAGCACCUCCUCUUGUGCGCGCCGACGGGAGCCGGAAAAACGAACGUGGCUUUGCUGACGAUGCUCCAGGAGAUUGGAAACCAUCUGAACGAGGACGGAAGCGUGAAGCUCGACGAAUUCAAGAUCAUCUACAUUGCGCCGAUGAAGUCGUUGGUGCAGGAGAUGGUCGGCAGCUUCUCGAAGCGACUCGCUCCGUUCGGAAUCGUCGUCGGCGAGAUGACCGGAGACGCGCAGAUGAGCAAAGAGCAGUUCAUGGCUACUCAGGUGAUCGUGUGCACGCCCGAAAAGUACGACGUCGUGACGAGAAAGGGCGGCGAGAGAGCGUACAAUCAGAUGGUCCGUCUGCUGAUCAUCGACGAGAUCCACCUGCUGCACGACGACCGCGGACCGGUGCUCGAGUCGAUUGUGGUCCGAACGAUCCGGCAGAUGGAGCAGAAUCACGACGAGUGCCGACUGGUCGGACUCUCGGCCACACUGCCCAACUACCAGGACGUGGCCACUUUUCUGCGCGUCAAACCCGAACACUUGCACUUCUUUGACAAUAGCUAUCGGCCGGUGCCGCUCGAACAGCAGUACAUUGGAGUCACCGAGAAGAAGGCGUUGAAACGAUUCCAGGUAAAUUGGAGAGAAAACUGCGAAAAUCUGCAUUAUGUUUAUUACAGGCGAUGAACGAAGUGGUGUACGACAAAAUCAUGGAUCACGCGGGACGGAGCCAGGUGCUCGUCUUCGUGCACUCCCGCAAAGAGACGGCGAAAACGGCGAAGGCUAUCCGGGACGCGUGCCUUGAAAAGGACACGCUCUCGGCAUUUAUGAAGGAGGGCUCGGCGAGCACGGAAAUCCUGCGAACGGAAGCCGAGCAGGCGAAGAACCUGGAUCUGAAGGACCUGCUGCCGUACGGCUUCGCGAUCCACCACGCCGGAAUGAACCGCGUGGACCGCACACUCGUCGAGGAUCUCUUCGCCGACCGCCACAUUCAGGUGCUCUUCUCGACGGCCACCCUUGCGUGGGGAGUCAAUUUGCCGGCGCACACGGUCAUUAUCAAGGGCACGCAGAUCUACAACCCGGAGAAGGGACGCUGGACAGAGUUGGGAGCACUCGAUAUUAUGCAAAUGCUCGGAAGAGCCGGUCGACCGCAGUACGACGAGAAAGGAGAGGGAAUUCUGGUGACGAAUCACUCGGAACUGCAGUACUAUCUGUCGCUGAUGAACCAGCAGCUCCCUGUUGAGAGUCAGAUGAUCUCGCGGCUCACCGACAUGCUCAACGCCGAAAUUGUGCUCGGCACGGUAAGCAGCGUGUCGGAGGCCACCAAUUGGCUCGGAUACACGUUCCUCUUCGUCAGAAUGCUCAAAAAUCCAACUCUUUAUGGAAUCACGCAUGAACAAGCGGUGAGUUGGAGAAAUUCAAAUUUUGAAGCUAUAUUCAGUAUUUGAAGAGAAAAUGAGUAAAACGGAACUUUUUCAGCGCGCCGACCCACUUCUGGAGCAACGCCGCGCCGACCUGAUCCACACUGCAUGCGUGCUGCUCGACAAGGCCGGACUGAUCAAGUACGACAAACGGAGUGGCAUCAUUCAAGCAACAGAGCUCGGAAGGAUCGCCUCGCACUUCUAUUGCACCUACGAAUCGAUGCAGACGUACAACAAACUGCUGAUCGAGACGUGCUCCGACAUCGAUUUGUUCCGCAUCUUCUCGAUGAGCUCCGAGUUCAAGUUGCUGUCGGUACGCGACGAGGAGAAGCUCGAGUUGCAGAAGCUCGCCGAGCACGCGCCGAUUCCGAUCAAGGAGAACCUGGACGAGGCGUCGGCGAAGACAAACGUCCUCCUGCAGGCCUACAUCUCACAGCUCAAGCUCGACGGAUUCGCCCUCCAGGCCGACAUGGUCUUCGUGGCCCAAUCGGCGGGCCGCCUCUUCCGCGCGCUCUUCGAAAUUGUGCUGUGGCGUGGAUGGGCGGGACUCGCUCAAAAAGUGCUCACACUGUGCAAAAUGGUCACGCAACGACAGUGGGGAUCGUUGAAUCCGCUGCAUCAGUUUAAGAAGAUUCCGAGCGAGGUGGUCCGUUCGAUCGACAAGAAGAACUACUCGUUCGACCGGCUCUACGAUCUCGACCAGCACCAACUCGGCGACCUCAUCAAGAUGCCCAAAAUGGGCAAACCGCUCUACAAAUUCAUUCGACAGUUCCCGAAGCUCGAGAUGACCACGCUGAUCCAGCCGAUCACCAGGACCACGAUGAGAAUCGAGCUCACGAUCACACCCGACUUCCAGUGGGACGACAAAGUGCACGGAAACGCCGAAGGCUUCUGGAUCUUCAUCGAGGACACCGACGGCGAGAAGAUCCUCCACCACGAGUUCUUCCUGCUCAAACAGAAGUUCUGCACCGACGAGCACGUCGUCAAGAUGAUCGUUCCGAUGUUCGACCCGAUGCCGCCGCUCUACUACGUCCGCAUCGUUUCGGAUCGUUGGAUCGGUGCCGAGACGGUCCUUCCGAUCUCCUUCCGCCAUCUGAUCCUUCCGGAAAAGUACCCGCCGCCGACUGAACUGCUUGAUCUGCAGCCCCUUCCCAUCUCUGCGGUCACCAACAAAGACUACCAGAAUGUGUUCGCCGAGAGCGGCUUCCGCGUCUUCAAUCCCAUUCAGACACAGGUCUUCCGAACUGUCUACGAAUCCAACGAGAAUGUGAUCGUGUGCGCGCCGAACGGAUCGGGAAAGACGGCGAUCGCUGAGCUCGCCAUCCUCAGACACUUUGAGAACUCGCCCGACUCGAAGGCGGUCUAUAUCACGCCGAUGGAGGACAUGGCGACGAAGGUGUUCGCGGACUGGAAGCGACGAUUGGAGCCGGCGAUCGGACACGCAGUCGUGAUGCUCACCGGCGAGCAGACGAUGGAUCUGAAGCUCGCGCAACGCGGACAGCUGAUCAUCUCGACGCCCGAGCGAUGGGACAACAUUUCGAGGCGGUGGAAGCAGCGCAAGAGUGUGCAGAACAUGAAGCUGUUCAUCGCCGAUGAUUUGCACAUGAUCGGAGCCAACAAUGGGGUGAGUCGGAGGAGAUCGACCGAUUUUUGAUAGUUUUUCGGUGCUUGUUACCUAAUCUUCGCUCAAAAUGACUCGAAGUGACUGUAGUAAAGUCCAAACAAUGCAAACCUAAUAGUUUUCUUAUUUCAGCCAGCCCUCGAAGUGGUGUGCUCCCGCACCCGCUACGUGGAAGAGCAGCUCGGCACCUCGAUCCGAGUCGUCGCCCUCAGUUCCUCGCUCACAAACGCCCGCGACCUCGGGCAAUGGCUCAAAUGCUCGGCCGCCGCCACGUUCAACUUCAUGCCCGACACCCGGCCGGUCCCGCUCGAUCUCGAGAUCAAGUCGUUCAAUCUCUCGCACAAUGCCUCCCGCUUCGCCGCGAUGGAACGCCCCGUCUACCAGGCGAUCAGCCGCCACGCCGGAAAAUUGGAGCCGAAGCCGGCGCUCGUGUUCGUGCCCGUUCGUCGACAGGUCCGCCCGGUCGCCGUGGCGCUGCUCACGAUGGCGCUGGCGGACGGCGCGCCGAAGCGGUUCCUGCAGCUCUCCGAGCAGGACGAGACGUUCCGCUCGCUGCUCAACGACAUCGAGGACGAGUCGCUGCGAGAGGCCGUCUCGUGCGGCGUCGGCUUCCUCCACGAGGGCACCGCGCCGAAAGACGUGCACAUUGUGCAGCAACUGUUCGAAAGCAACGCGAUCCAGGUGUGCGUGGUGCCACGUGGCAUGUGCUAUCAGAUCGAGAUGAGCGCCUACCUCGUCGUCAUCAUGGACACGCAGUUCUACAACGGAAAGUACCACGUCUACGAGGACUAUCCGAUCGGCGACAUGCUCCACAUGGUCGGACUCGCCAAUCGACCCAUUUUGGACACCGAUGGUAACGCUUUUUCGCUUUUCGUGCAUUGAAAUGUUGACUUUUGCACUGGGAACGGCGAUUUUUGAAGUUUUCAGUGUAAAUUACAUUGCCUUUAUUUUUGGAAAAAUACUGAAUCUCGUGUGAAAAACACGAUUUCACGUAUUUAUAAACGUCUUGUUUCAACAGUUGACCCCAGAAAACGCCAUUUUUUCACGAAAGAUUCACGAAAAUACGCUAAUUCAACUAAUUUCAGCGAAAUGCGUGGUGAUGUGCCAGUCGUCGAAGCGUGCCUACUACCGAAAGUUCCUUUGUGACCCGCUUCCGGUCGAAUCCCAUCUCGAUCACUGCCUCCAUGACCACUUUAACGCCGAAAUCGUCACGAAAACGAUUGAGAACAAGCAGGAAGCGAUCGAUGUAAGAAAAUACUACCGUAUCCGCUGUGUGAUUGGCUUCCGAACGAGACCCACAUCGACUUGUUUACCCCGGUGCUCGGUUGUUUACACCCGGAUUUUCGCGGCCUAUCCAAGUUUCACGUGUUUGCUUAUCGGCGCCCGCGUGGCCUAAUGGAUAAGGCACCGGACUCCGGAACCGGGAAUGGGGGUUCAAGUCCCCCCGCGGGCUAUGAUCUUUUUUCAACUUUAGAUGCGAUUCUAGAGGGGUUAGAUGUACUGGGAAGGCAAUUUUCAGUGAAAACUUGGACAUUUCAGAAGUUGUUUUAAUUUUCUCCAUUUUCAGUGGCUCACGUGGACUCUUCUGUACCGUCGAAUGACCCAGAAUCCGAACUACUAUAAUCUGCAAGGAACCACACAUCGCCACGUGUCAGACGCGCUUUCGGAGCUCGUUGAGAACACGCUGAAGGAUUUGGAAAACAGCAAAGUGAGAAAAACAAGAGUUUUUCAGCUAAAUAUCAUAAUUUUCAGUGCAUCGCCAUCAAAGACGACAUGGAUACGGUAUCGCUGAAUCUCGGAAUGAUCGCCUCCUACUAUUACAUCAGCUACACGACAAUUGGUGAGUUUUUUGAAGUGGAAAGAGUAAAUUUAAAUUGGUUUAUAUUGUAGAAUUGUUCUCGAUGUCGUUGCAAGCGAAAACGAAGACGCGCGGACUCGUGGAGAUCAUCGCGAACUCGUCGGAGUUCGCCGACAUUCCGAUGCGACACAAAGAAGACGUGAUCCUGCGGCAGCUGGCCGACCGCCUGCCGGGACAGCAGAAGAACCAGAAGUUCACGGAUCCGCACGUCAAAGUGAACCUGCUGAUCCACGCGCAUCUUCAACGCGUCAAACUGACCGCCGAGCUCAACAAAGACACGGAGCUGAUUGUGUUGCGUGCGUGUCGGCUCGUGCAGGCGUGCGUUGACGUGCUCUCCUCGAACGGCUGGCUGAAUCCGGCUAUCAACGCGAUGGAGCUCUCGCAGAUGCUGACGCAGGCCAUGUACUCGAACGACGCGGUGCUCAAGCAGCUGCCGCACUGCUCGGCGGCGCUUCUCGAACGCGCGAACGCUCGUAAAGUCACUUCGGUGUUCGAGCUGCUCGAAUUGGAGAACGACGAGCGCGCGGAGAUUCUGCAGAUGGAGGGCGCCGAGCUAGCCGACGUGGCCAAGUUCUGCAACCACUACCCGUCGAUCGAGGUGUCGCACGAGCUAGAGAGCGACGUGGUGAGCAGUUCGGACAACGUCGUGCUCGCCGUUUCGCUCGAAAGAGACAAUGAUAUCGACGGACUCGCGCCGCCCGUCGUCGCUCCGUUGUUCCCGCAGAAGAGGAAGGAGGAGGGGUGGUGGCUCGUCGUCGGAGACACCGAACACAACGCCCUGCUCACCAUCAAGAGGUAAAAACAGAAACAUCUUAAAACUUAGGCUUGAAACUAUCAAUUUCAGAUUGGUAAUCAACGAAAAAUCGGCGGUUCAGUUGGAUUUCGCGGCGCCGAAGCCGGGCCGUCACACGUACAAACUCUACUUCAUCUCCGACUCGUAUCUCGGCGCCGACCAGGAGUUCGACGUGCAAUUCAAGGUCGAAGAGCCGCGGAACCGAAAGCGAAAGCACGAGAAGGACGAGGAUUGA